GUAGUGCGGCAACAGGGGCGGACUGACCAUUUGGAAACUCGGGCACUGCCCGAGGGCCCGGGGUCAGUAGGGGGCCCCAUGAGAUGCCCCUGGUACCUUUUUCAUAGGCUUUUUUGAGUUUGGGCACAGACACAGAGGCCCCAUGAUCCCCUAUUGCCCGGGGGCCCCAUGAGUUGUCAGUCCACCCCUGCUACAUGCACACAUGAACUCUUGUAGAUGUUUAGCUCUCUCCUGGUAGCAGAAA